AUGCCUGUGGUUCGGCACCGCGGACGGGACAGCGGCAACAGACAACAGGCCAUCUCCACCGUUUUAUGGUCUCUCAAUGAAAAGCAAAUUGAGCAUCCCGGGAUACUGCGCUGCGAAGCCGGCAUGAUGCAAGAAGUUAAGAACAAGCUCAACAACGAGGGAGAAAGAGCAGCCCGCGCGGGAUCGAUAAUCAAGAAGCAAUCAAUCUCUCUACUUGUACGGGUACGCUCUCCACCGACUGGAUCCGCAAGAGAUCUAGAAUCUGUUGGUAUCUGCAGAGAAACUGUACAGAUGGUCAUGGAAGAAGCUUCCCUCCGUAGGUAUGGGACCAUAGAGUCCACAAUCACAUCUUUCAUUAAUUUGAUCAGCAAGGUGAGGUACCUUAUCGCAGGGACCCUCGCAUCCUGGACAGUGACUCUGGGAGUCAGGGAUGACGGGGCGCCUGUGGCCACGAUCUUAACUGGGAUUCGGGCUGAUGUGGACGGUGUGGAUCCGGACGAUUGGCCACGCUUGUGUCUCAUGUUUGGCGGACGACAGGCAGGCGCGCACGGCGAGGCAAUAGCAACGGCACGGGCUGACAGGUGCGGUACGUAUCGCUCAAGCCUCUUUGAAAAAACAAGGUCGGAAAAGGAGUCAACAUCAACGGUCUCUCUUCUCUACGCAUCGAGCAUCACAGUUGUCCAUCCAUCACGACUACCGCUCAUAUUCCCUCACAUAUUGCCGUCGUCGUUGUCGAAUACUACCCGGGCUGCCGUCAUCACCGGCGUAGGUGGGGUCAUCUCACUCCUGUCUUUUAAUGAAGAGGACUCCAGUCGAGGGCUGUGCGGCGAGCGGUGCGGUGGCCGCUGGUUCGCCUCUGCCUUAGCCCAGCUUCCUAAGGUGGGAAGCGGUUCUUCGUACCCCCUGGAUCAUCGAGCAAGGGUCCUUGAGAACCCCCCGGCGCCGUCAUCCUUUUUUCUUUCCCACCACAUCCGUGGUUCUCCACUCCACUCCAGUACCCUUCUCUUGCUUGGUGCCGGACUAGUCUCGCGCGUCCUGCCAUCUCCUUCUCACCCUCACAGAUGGUUCACCAUGUCAGUCGGUCCACCCCUAAUGCGGUGCGAUGCGCCUAUGCCGCCGAACCGCGACAAAUGUAAGUGGGAAAGUUCCCUCGCUGUGCUGGCAACCUGGGCCUGCCUUGCAAGCGCAACGGGUCUCGGCCGGGCCCUGGACCUGCAAUCCCAAAUGUCCAUGGCAUCUCUACACUACGGAAUGAAGGGCCCACGGUCUAAUGUAGCUCCCACCCGGGGCCACCCCCCUCCAUCAAAGUCCACCCUCCUCCUCGAGCCUUGA